CAUAUAAUUUCCGUACUGUCAUGCAAGUGAGCACCUCGCCCGGCUCCUAUCCGUCGUUCUCGCGAAGAACCUGUCGACGAAGCUGGCCCAGACUGGUAUAUAUCGUCACCCAAUCGCAUUUCUUAUGUGUGUCGUACGCUUCUCGGACAUUGAUAGCCUAGCGCUAUGAGGGCGGGAGCUUGAUAAUUUUCGUUCUCAUAAAACAGUUGCUACUAAGGUGCUGUGGUCAUCACCCGUCUUUCAUCAAUCCGCGAGGGCUUUGCAAGUUGAAGUACCAAGAUGCUCGAAUCACAUCGACAAGCACACAUGUUCGCCCCUCCUUCAAAACCGACUAAGUUACAAAGCAAAGGAUCAUGUAAUAGAUGCUCUACCCCCGUCCCUGUCGUUCCGGUAAGGCGAUCGCCAUCUCCAAAACCAACGGCUAUCACACCACACCGGUCCCUAGUGCGCCGACGUUCUCACUUGAAGUCUUCCAGCCCUCACGCAGCCCUUCCUCCGUCGGUGCCUUCUUAUGGUUUCAUGCACAACGAGAGGACUCCGUCACAUGCUCCAGCACAACACGAACCUAUGACCUCGCGGCUUCACCGCUCGCAAACACGGUCAUCUCAAUCUCUUCAGCAGCAGGCCGGAGAGAGUAUGGAGUCAUCGAGGCAACGCAUGCACUUGCCAUAUAGUGCUGUGCGACGACCUAUCAACGCAAACCGCAACUGUGACCAGUACUCGAGUGAUCAAAUAGCGACUCCUUGGGCAACCAAAUCAUUGCUUCCGCGUCCGAAGCAACGGAAAGCAUUAUGCAUUGGCAUAAACUACAAAGGCCAGGAGAGGGAGCUUCGCGGUUGCGUUAAUGAUGCUUGGAACAUGGCGGAAUUUCUCAAAUCCUUCUGGAAUUACGCGGUCGAGGACAUCAUGGUUCUCACAGAUGAGCCAUACAAUCUGAAAUACAUGCCGACGAAACGGAACAUUCUGAGCGCACUACGAUGGUUAGUGAAAGACGCCCAACCUGGAGAUCGCUUGUUCUUCCACUAUUCUGGACAUGGAGGACAAAUCAUCGACUUGGAUGGUCGUCAUGUGGAUGGAUUUGAAAAGGCUAUCCAUCCCGUUGACUGGGUGUGUGCUGGUGAAAUUGUCACCAAGGUCCUGUACGACGUGAUGGUCAAACCCUUACCUACUGGUUGCCGCCUUACGGCAUUGUUUGAUUCGUGUCAUUCUGGAACGGUCCUUGACUUGCCAUACAUCUAUCGAGCCAGUGGCCGCCUAAAACCGAACUCUCGAGCUCUAGCAGAGUACCCACAAGCUCACGUGGUGUUGUUUGCAGGUUGCAGCGACCUCCAAGGCAGUGGGGGCAUCAUCAUAAGGGGUGGAGAGUUUCACGGAGCUAUGUCCUCUGUGCGCAGUCCUUAAUAUGUGUUCGUGAUUUCUGACCAAAUAGACUAUCAGGCCUUCAUCUCGUCACUCACGGAAACCCCAACACAAACAUACUUGCAGGUGCUUGCGUCCGUGCAGGAAAAU